CUCCCGCUGUCUCUCUCUGUCCGUCAGCACAUCCAUGCAUUUGUCCACCUAUCGGACACACAGCGAGUGUCUCAUGUAGAGCUCCAGCAGCGUCAUGUGGAAGGCAUCGCCCCUGACGGCCUCAGACAGGUGGUACAUGAGAAACGGCCGCACCUCUAUUAAGGCACGCUGCAUCGACCGAACUCUCGCCUCGCUGAUGCCCGCCAGGAUGGCGUAUGUGUGUUUGGCCUCUCGCCGCGGCACAAACAUCGCAAGGCUCGUCCAAUCCCAGAAACAUGACUGACACACAGAUACACACACAGAGAGGGAGAGAGAGGGAGAGAGAGGGCGAGAGAGACAGGGGUGUGGUGACGCUUGAUGGGUGAGUGUGUGUGCGGCUAUGUACACCUGCGGCAGCCAGUACGACUCAGCCGUGAUGACAGGGAUGCACCCGAACCUGCAGAUAUGGAUGUUCGGUCGGUGUCUCGCUGAGCCACUCACUUACCAGAUGGCCUGGAGAAGUCGAGGGGACCAAACUCUCGUGCCUUCAGGGCACAGACAGAAGGUGGACCGCUGCAGGUGGUGUGUGUAGGUGGACGUCCUCAGCAUGCGGUCCUCGAUCACAAUCGGACGCUCGUUGCGCGCCCGCGCCCGCAGGAAGGCCUCGAAUAUUUCCCGCCUCAGAUGGCCCUUGUCGGAACUUUCAAUGCCCCACCUGCCCGCAACUGCCGCACACAUACAUGGUCCGCCUCUCUCCCUCUCCCUCUGUGUACGUGUGUGUGUAUGGCUUACAGAAUGCAAAGGUCGGUCUGUGUCCGCUGCGAAGAUGCGGCUCAUAUCUGCCGCUCUUGCGCAUCAUGUGGGCGACGGCAUCAGCCAAAGCGAUGUCGUUCCGCGAAAGCAAGCCGCCAUCAGGACGCAAUACCCUCUCUGCAACGCUCCCAUUCCAAUUGGCCGUCCGGCCGUCGUCAUCGAGUGAAAGUGUGAGAGCAUAGUUGGCCCGUGCGAUGUCGGCAGAGGGCGCCAGGGAUAUAUCUCGUUUCGGAUCGAAAGGGUGCGGAGGACGCGGCUCUCUCGAACGCGAUCUCGCCAGCAGCCCCUCAAGCGACGAGGCAUUCGCCAGCAUCUCCCUCUCAUCGGCCAGCACAUACAUGGGGUGCCUGUCCAGCGGGUCAGCGGUGUUGGCGAGGCAUGUUGCGUUGCUGGCGAGCGAUUCUGGGGCAAAGCCGCUCGUCUCGGCCUUGCCCGCGUCAUGUGAGACGAUCCAGAAGUGGUCGCGGCCGGCAGAACGGUCGUAGUGGGGGUAGCUGGCGCGUAUCCAUGCGAUGACGAUGCCGACCAUGGCCGUGGUCAGGAAGCCCCCGAAGGCUCGAGCGCUCAUCUGCGGCAGUGAGGGGCCGCCAUUCAGCCGUUUCUGAGCCUUUCGCGCCACCAAUUCCCAACGACCUGAAGACGUACAUCCAUAGUAGCUAUGGGCGUAAGCACCCAUCCACCCGCUGCUUGAUCACCCGAGAAGAUGGGCAGCUGAAACAGGGCGGUCUUGCCUUGUUCUGCUGGGGGUGUCGCCGCAUACUUGGACUGCCGCAGGACGUGCCAGAAGAUGCUGUCCAAGUCAUACGCCUACACAUGACACCAACACACCAAAAACACCCAUGUGCCUGUCUUGUGUGCAUCUCCCAUGGCACGGAUACUCACUGAGUUGCGAUUUGAGCUGAGCAGCGUGUCGACAGACGGGACACCGGGCACCUGAAGCCGCACCGAUGCCAGCAUGUCGGUGUCCGCGCCGUUUUCCUCCAGGAAGCGGCGCAGCACCUUGCGGCCAGGGAGGGGGUACUGGAACACCCGCAGAUCUCUCUCCAUCCACCGCAACAGCUGAUGCAGGGCGGCAAGGCUCCACUCGUAGUCGAGCCUCGUUACACUGGUACCGAAAUGCUGAGUGAGGUUCAUCCAUGCCCUGAACAGGCCAGCGGCAUCAGGCACCGAGGGAAUGGCGGGCCGCAGGAGGCACUCGCACUUCUGCAUCACGAAUUCGUCCAGGAAGGCUGCGAAGCCCGCCGGGGUGCUGCUGACACCCCUGCUGGCGCUGCCGGCGCUGGUGAUAUUGUCGUCAUUCCCCUCGGCUGCCGGGUGGAGCUGCAGCAGAUUGGUGACGUGUAUGAUGGCCAGCAGCGACACGGAGAGCGUCGCAAGAACCAGAGAUGAGAGUCGCAUAAAC